AUGCAUUCCUAAAUUAAAUAAUAAGAAUAGAUAAUAUAAGUAAAUAAAGGAUUAAAUUUACUGGUCAAAAUAAUAUAAAAAGAAUAAAAGAAAUGGGUUAGAUAAGAAAAUAAAUUAAUAAAAUAAUUAACUGCCUAUAGAAGAGUUAGAUUCUUGAAUGAGUUUGAUAUAAUGUAUUAAAUGAUAAAAUAAUUAAGUUUAUCCUAUUUAGGAGGAAGUAUUGAGAGGAAUUUUUGGUGCAUCUUUAAUAUGAUUUGAUAGAGAUAAAGGUAGAGAAAAAAUAAAAUGGAUAUUCAUUAAGAUGGAAUAGAAUUAUUGAGUAAAUUUGGUCCAUGGGAUGGGAUGAA